CAUCAUCCUGUCACGUGACAGAGUCAGACAUGGCGGCCUCCCGAAGACGGCUGGUUUGUUUACGCUCCGGGAUAUGGAGCCUCUUAUUUUACUGUGUUUACUCUCACCUGAAGCUCGUCCUGGCGGAGGAGGCGGACAGCUGCGACAACUUAAGACUUGGACAGUAUCUCUGUAAAGAUCCAAAGAUAGAUGAAACCACUCAGGAGCCGGAGAACUGCAGUGGCAUGACGGCCUGGGUGGAGUGCCUCCCAGCUCCAAACAUCAGCUGUCGGCUCUCUAACGGGACGGAGUUCAGGUUCAGCGGGGAGGAGGUGGGCUUCAACAAAACCAUCCCCUGCAGGAAUGUGAGCGUCUAUUCCUACAAAGUAGCUGUGGCUUUAUCACUGUUUCUCGGCUGGCUGGGAGCAGACCGCUUCUACCUGGGAUACCCUGCAUUAGGCCUGCUGAAGUUCUGCACUGUUGGUUUCUGUGGAAUCGGCACUCUGAUCGACUUCAUACUGAUCGCCAUGCAGAUCGUGGGUCCAGCUGACGGGUCAAACUACAUCGUGGAUUAUUACGGCGCCCGACUGACUCGCCUGUCCAUCACCAACCAGACCUACAGGAAGCCUCACCUGUCUCUGUGAACACACCUGGACACGCCCACAGGAAGCUGUCGUCACAGCGACGCAGAGACGACUGUUCAGGAGUCAUUUAAAGGAUCAGUCCGCGUGUUUUCAGCUGUUUCCUGCUGGUCAGUCAGAAUCAUCCAUCAGAUUUUAAAUUGAUCUGCUGACAGGUUUCACUUAUUAAAUCCUCUUCUGUUUCUACCUGCA